AUGAGGGUCACGUGUUUUAACACACGUGUAUCACAGCCUCGAUCGAUAACUGGGAAGUAUCAAGCGUGUUCGUUGCUGGUAAUUGAGGUUGGUUCAUGAUAAUUUCUUUUGUGGCAACGUCCUUCCCUUAGUUCCUAAUAGCCAACCUCAUAUUGGCAUGGAAAGUUAGAAAAGGAAGUGCCAAUAGUUCCCAAGUGAAAAACGCCCAAAAGUAAAUACGCGUAGAAAAUCCAACUUUUAGUUUACUUUUAGUGACAGGUCACCUUGGACCUUUUCUUUUAAUUCGUAUCGGGGGGGCCCCGUAAAUUUGAUUCUUGGUUUUUGAGAGAGGUGUUUAAACUUUCGCAAAAACGGGUCACAAAAGCGAAAUGAGCGACGACGAUAGGGAUAUCGACGUCGACAGUGACGAUGGAGAUGACUCGGAUUCACGGCAACCAACCCCUAGAAACUCAAAUAACCAAUAUUUUUCACAGGCUGAAAAAAGGGCACACCACAAUGCAUUGGAACGUAAACGAAGGGACCACAUAAAAGAUAGUUUUAGCAGUUUAAGAGAUGCGGUACCAGAAUUAAAUGGGGAAAAAGUGGCGAGUCGGGCGCAAAUUUUGAAAAAAGCCGCUGAAUACAUUCAAACUAUGAGAAAGAAAAACUUUUCUCAUCAACAAGACAUUGAUAAUCUUCGGAAACAAAAUUCUUUGUUAGAAGCUCAAAUUCGCACUUUGGAAAAGGCUAAAUCUGCUAAUUCUGUAACAUCUGAUCCGGAUGGAAGAGAAGAUUUUAUUGAUUCUGAAUCUGAAUCCUCUGAAGUAGAAGCUGUUGUUACUCAAAAUCACAGAAGAUCGAAAAAAUUAAAAACUGGUUAUUCGGACUGACAGCACCUUAAGAAUUACCACUCAAUCAAAAGCGACAUCUUCAAUCUGUUAUAAGAAGUUAUUUUUUUAUGUAAGAUGAAAAAGUAGUACCCUAUUUUUUUUUAAUUGCAUGUAAAUCUAUGAUUUUUCUACAACAGAUUUAAAGAAAAAGUACAUUAAUUUUUAUUAA